AGUAUAAACAAGGAACGCGACUGGCUCGGCGGCUUUCUCCUUUCUUCCCGCGCGCUUUCCUUCCCGGUUCUAGGGGCGCGUUUUGGGGCGCACGGCACUGCAGCAGGAGGCGGGGGCGCUGGGGUCCGUGUGCCGGAAAGUAUGCCUCAGACGCCUCCCUUUUCAGCAAUGUUUGACAGCAGUGGUUACAACCGAAACCUCUACCAGUCUGCAGAGGACAGCUGUGGAGGGUUAUAUUACCAUGACAACAACCUCCUUUCUGGAUCUCUGGAAGCACUGAUCCAGCACUUAGUACCCAAUGUGGAUUACUAUCCAGAUAGAACAUACAUAUUCACGUUCCUGCUCAGUUCUCGGCUAUUUAUGCAUCCAUAUGAGCUAAUGGCCAAAGUCUGCCACUUGUGUGUUGAGCACCAGAGACUAAGUGAACCUGAUAGUGAUAAGAACCAGAUGAGAAAAAUUGCACCUAAAAUUCUUCAACUCUUGACAGAAUGGACAGAAACGUUUCCUUAUGAUUUUCGGGAUGAAAGAAUGAUGAGAAACUUAAAAGAUCUAGCUCACAGAAUGGCCAGUGGCGAGGAGCAGACAUACCGGAAGAAUGUCCAGCAGAUGAUGCAAAGUCUGAUCCGCAAGCUUGCUGCCCUCAGCCAGUACGAGGAAGUCCUGGCAAAAAUCAGCUCCACAUCCACAGACCGGCUCACGGUUCUGAAGACCAAGCCGCAGUCCAUCCAGAGGGAUAUCAUUACUGUCUGCAGCGACCCUUACACAUUGGCCCAGCAGCUGACUCACAUUGAGCUGGAGAGGCUCAAUUACAUUGGCCCAGAAGAGUUUGUUCAGGCGUUUGUGCAGAAGGAUCCCCUGGAUAAUGACAAGAGUUGCUACAGUGAACGGAAGAAAACACGAAAUUUAGAAGCCUACGUAGAGUGGUUUAAUCGCCUAAGCUAUUUGGUUGCCACAGAAAUCUGCAUGCCUGUGAAGAAGAAACAUCGAGCAAGAAUGAUUGAAUAUUUCAUCGAUGUAGCUCGAGAGUGUUUCAACAUUGGCAACUUUAAUUCCUUGAUGGCGAUAAUCUCUGGGAUGAAUAUGAGCCCAGUCUCGCGGCUAAAAAAAACUUGGGGCAAGGUGAAGACUGCGAAAUUUGAUAUCCUUGAGCAUCAGAUGGACCCUUCAAGCAAUUUUUACAACUAUCGAACAGCUCUCCGAGGGGCAGCACAGAGGUCCUUAACUGCUCACAGUAGCAGAGAGAAGAUUGUGAUACCAUUCUUCAGUCUCUUAAUCAAAGAUAUAUAUUUCCUCAACGAGGGCUGUGCUAACCGCCUUCCAAAUGGCCAUGUCAAUUUUGAGAAAUUUUGGGAACUGGCCAAACAAGUGAGUGAAUUUAUGACGUGGAAACAAGUGGAGUGUCCAUUUGAGCGGGACAGGAAAAUUCUGCAGUAUCUGCUCACCGUGCCAGUAUUCAGUGAAGACGCUCUCUACUUGGCUUCAUAUGAGAGUGAAGGACCUGAAAAUAAUAUAGAGAAGGACAGAUGGAAGUCUCUAAGGUCUAGCCUGUUAGGCAGAGUUUAACACGUGGGAGCUGCUUGCUGCUGCUGUUGCCGCCACCGCCAUUGCUGCCACCGCUGCUGCUGCUUCUCACAGCCCCGAGAGGGGCUGGCCUUUGUUUUCUGACAUCUAGUUCUAGGAACAAUCGUGAAGACCCUGCAGCCCCUGGCGCUCUGAUCAGCAAAGCAACUGCAGAGCAGAUGGAAAGCUCAUUUCCCACAGCUGACCAUUGACUCAGAUUUUGUGAGACUGAAAUGUUCACUGAAGACACUUGAGAAAGAAUCCUCUGAAGAUUCCGGCUCUGCACAUGAUUCAUCUCCUGGAAUUUCCAUGUGAAUCACAGCUCUGCACCUGGAUGGGGUUUUCUUUUGUGUGUGUGUGUGUGUGUGUGUGUGUGUGUGUGUGUGUGUUUUAUUUGGUUGAACAUUUGCUGCUAAUGGGACUUACCCAGCUGAGGAAGCCCAUGUUUCUUUGUUAAUUUAAAUGAAAAAGGGAGAGGAGGGAGGGGAAAACCCCCUCAGUGUGAAUCCCAGACCUCAGCUGGAGCAGUGUUGCCAGAGAGGGCAAAGACUGGUUGGAUGUCUGUUGCGGACAUUGUUUCCCUUUAGCGUGUGCCGGGUUGUAAAUUCCUCUCCUCCCUCUUCCUACAAAGUUUUGAGUUGGCUGCUGGUUAGCAAACUCCUUUUUACCCAUAUAAGUUAUUUAAUAUAUAAUGAAGCGCAACACUGUGGUAGGAAAAUAGCCACUAGGAAUAAAAAAAGAAAAAGGAAAGCAGAGUUGACCCUGUUGGACUGCUAACCCACUGGAAGGACUUGGUGUUUUCUCCGCCCUCUGAGCUGUUUAUACUGACCACUGUGUUCUAACAGCUGUGUUUUUCAGCAGGUUUUUGGUUAUUUGUUUUCCAUGAUACCUGUUUGUUUGUUUUUUUCUUGUAAAUCUAAAUGAUCUGACUUUAAAGGUCUUAGAAAAACCCAUGGCAUAAUCACAAUUGUUUUUAACUGACUGUUCUUUUUCAUUAAUUUUUGGGUUUGUUGGUUACUAAACAUGUAAACAGAGUAAAUUGGAAAAGUCUCCUCCACUAUAGCAAUGAACAUCACAAAUGACAACUAUACUGCUGUUAACUCUGAUUGAUCUGAUUGUGAAUAUUGACUUUGUUAACAUCAAGCAGCCAUUAUAUAUAUUUACUCUAGGUGAAACUGUGCAGUAGUAAUCUGAGCUAACGGAAAAAGCAAAACACCACGUUCCAAACAGAGACAUGUUUGUUACCUUCUUUACGCCGUCGCCAUUUCCAGAAUCAGCAUGUCUGUGCUGUGUGUCCUCCCCACAUCUCUGAACUGUCUCCAAGUCUUCUCUUUACAACAUCAAUACAUUUUACACUCUGCGGCCAGGAGCGUGGUGUCUUUCUUUGCCUUUUGGAUGGAAUUGUGGAGUGAUGAUGGGCUUGUAGCUAUGGUAGUUUGACUGGUUCAAAACGUGUGUGCCCCUGAGGAAGUGGCCUUAGGAGUUUGAGCAUGGACAUAGAAAUCCGAGCAAGCAUUUAAUGACUAAUAUUUGCCAAGCACUUGCUAAGGUGUUGAGCACAGAUUUUUCGAUCAUCAUUCCUGACUUAGGGACAGAACUGAACACAGGUGUAUAGUGAUGGUAAUGUGUCCAAAUCCACAGAGCUUAUGAGAGGCGCUGGGGUUUGAACCAGACCUUUUAAUUCCAGAGCCCAGGCUCUAUACUGCCAGGGCAUCCCAAGCUCCUGUAUCGUUACAGAUAACCUGGGGAUCUUGUUUCCCUGAUGAUUUUCAACCUGUAGGCCUGGAUUGGGGCCCCUGUGAGGUCCUGGAUCCUGCAGGCUCUCCUGUCUCAUUUGUACCUGGAGAUCUACAUUGAUGGAGAUGACUGAGUAAUACACAGGGGAGCCGGUACCACAGAAAGCUUUACUUAGAUUUCUUGAGAAGGGGACAGGGCAUACCAUGAAGGGCCGCAGGGAAAGCAUGAGAGUAAGGAGGCAAACGCAGAAAGAAGAAAACCCAGGCCUCUGCCUAUAGCCAGGCCUCCUCAGGAAGGGAAAGACACGGCAAGGUAAACCAGGUUUAGCAACUGAUUCCAGGAGGCCUCUGAGGAAUGGGGUGGUCCUUGGGUGCCUGCUUCUUAGACCUGGGAUGAUUAGUACAGGAGAAAUACUAGCUUGAUAUGGGAGAGUUGUAUGUUGGGGGUGGGAGCACACAAGUUCAGUCUCUCCCAUGCCAGAAAGAUUUUUAAGAUGUCAGAACAUCUUCCAGAAAUUUAAAAAUGUGACUAACAUAGCUCGAAAAUACUCUCUCCUUUGCUCUGCCUUUCCCUGACUUCACAUCAAUGUUUGACCCCAUCAAUGUUUAUCUUUUAUCUCUAUGUCAGGGGUCGGCAAAUUAUGAGCUCCUGGCCAAAUAUAGCCAGGUGUUUGCUUUGUAUGGCCUACCAGGUAACAGGUUGAAAAACUCAGUAGAGGAGUUAUAUUUUCUAUCAUACCAAAAUUAUGUGAACUUCGAAUUUCAGUGUUCAUAAAUAAAGUUUUAUUGGGAACAUGGC